AUGCUGGUUGCAACCGAAACCAGCAUAAAGAAAAGGCCUAAUCCGAGCGAAUGGCUGAAGUGGAUAAUUCUCAAUUUGCUCCUUUUGUCCGAUCGUGCAUGCCACUUAUUUUUUAGUCUUCCUCGCGGCUCUGGUGCACCGACGUUUCAAGAACUUGCAGACAAGCUGCUGCAACUUUCUCGAGUCGGUGCUUCCGUUGGCUUGGAUUCGUGUGCCUUAAUGGAGGGGAGCAAUUGCAUCCUCACUCUUGCCUCCAGGAAUGGGGUGUAA